ACUGCCCAUCUGUCUUCCCAAUCCAUACCUCAGUGUCAAGCACCUGUCAACAUGGAGAAGCAGGUCGACGUCGAGGUCAAUGCCUUGCAGACUCCGGUCCAAACAAACCGGUCGUCAGAGAGACGCAGCAACGUCAAGAGCGGCCUGAAGAAAGUCUAUCAAGAUGUUUUCUGGGCAUUCACGACAGUAUCAGACGGUGUCCAAGACUGGACGCCGUUUUUCCUAGUUUUGUCUUAUUUUGUCUUUUCCACUACCAUUUACAUGAAUGCCACUUCCGGAAUCAACGAAGUUUUCUGGUUUAUCUAUCUCAUGACAAACACAUACAUCGCAACAGCCACUGUCAUUGAGUCUAUCACGGCCCUAGGAAACUUCCAGGAUUCUAAGAGAGCUCUUGACAAAGUCGCAAAAAAGAACUGGGUGUUUCCUACGGCAGACAAUAAUCUCCCCAGACUAGACAUUAUUGUCGUGGCCUAUCUGCCAAAUGAGCAGGAUAUCGUCAUGGACCGCUUGAAAUAUCUUCUCGAAGAGAUUGUCUAUCCUCGGGACAGAUACCGAGUGAACCUGCUGUACAACACACCUUAUGCGAUUGAACCUCUGGAAUCGGACCUCUUUGCGUUGGCGGACGAAUACGCCAAAAACAUGCGUGUUGUCAAAGUCCCCGGUUCAAAGUCCAAGGCCGAUAACAUCAACUACUACUGCAACGUUAUCCAAACUGAUGCCCAGAUAUCAGCUAUCUUUGACUGCGACCACUACCCCCAUCCAUAUGCACCAAAAUGGGCAAUGGAGCAAUUUUGCAAAGAUAAGGAAAUAGACAUUGUCCAGGGUCGUUGCGUAGUCCUGAAUGCCAACGACAACUUCCUUACCUCGAUGAUUGGAGUUGAGUUCGACAAGAUCUACGCAGUCUCCCACCCCGGUCGUUCUGCCAUGUUCCAUUUCGGUCUCUUCUGUGGCUCUAACGGUUACUGGCGCACCUCGCUUCUGCGCGAGCUAAAAAUGGACGACUCUAUGCUAACCGAAGACAUUGAUUCCGCUCUUCGUGCAUUUGGGCAUGGAGCCAAAGCAGUACAUGACAUCAAUGUCACUUCAUUUGAACUUGCCCCAGUCACCAUGUCGGCCUUUUGGAAACAGCGUCUUCGAUGGUCCCAAGGUUGGAUCCAGGCUAGUAUGCGCCAUGUUCACCUAGUGUGGAGUCGCUCUCGCGAGGGUAAACACCGGACCAUGCGCCAACGUUUCGGAAUAUUCUCGUUACUUUUUGUCCGGGAAAUCAGCUACUAUCUCAUCACCCAAUAUCUUUGCCUAGUAUUGAGUGUGGUUAUCACCGAGUUCCCCAAAAAUGGACACGACUUAUAUAAGUUGGUCUUCUUCCAAUAUCCUAUUGCCUGGUGGCUCUUUAUCUUCAGUCUUCUUGCCUUUGUCGGCACUCUCUGGGUUACGUUCCACUUCCGAUCAGAGUUCUGCCGCUGGUACACAAUUCCUAUCUUUGCUGCCACAUAUCUCCCUCAGCUCGUACUUACAGCGGUCAUUGGUCUCUUUGGUCAUGCACGUCAAGUAAGCAAGUAUAUUAAGUGGAACCCGACUCCACGCAAUUGA